AUGCAGGUCCUACUGACUGGGUCUGAUUACAAAGACUACACCCACGACCCCUCUUUCCCCUGGCCACACGGCUUCAUCAUCCAAGAUCUAGUCAAGGCCUUUGCAUUGGUGGCCAUGUUCUUCCCAAAAGCAGAGGCUUCCACGCUCGUCACCCAGUUCAUCAAGUCCAAGCAAUGCGACGAGUUUAGAAACAGUCUUCUGUUUGACCCCAAGGAACGAAGCAAGACGUUGCCUGAUCGCAGAUCUCGGGCGAGUUACAAGUUCCGAGAUCCUGCUUUCUGGAACGAGUGGAAUGAGUUCCUCAAGACCAAGUCUUUCUUUGCCGAUGUGUAUCCCUUUGACUGGAGUCUUGCAGUCCGCCCUAUCGUUGCUCGCUUGUAUGUCGCAGGAGUCGUUGCACCAGCAUACAUACAAAACGACUCACAAGUCGUCUUGGGCAUGGCUACAGCCAAGGCUGAGCCUCACCGUCCCGGCAAGCUGGAUCUCUUCAUCAACUACGAAGACCGCUACGGCAACUUCCCCAUGGUUUUCCCUCCCUCUUUCGUGCACCCGUCCAAGUGGCCACAUGUGUUGCCCACGGCAGAGAGCUUCGCCAAGAAGAACGAAGGUGCCCGGUAUGCGCUUAUCCGUCUCUGGUCGGCUCCUCACUUUUACCCUCUGAUGGACAUGCCCGGCAGCGAGUACAGCGCGCAUCACACAACGGAGAGAAGGCUGAAAUUGCUCGAGAAGCAGUUUGAGGGCCAUGUGAUGAGCCGUGCCGACUUGAUCCUUGUCAUGGGCAAGGAUGAUGAUGAACUGCUUAAGUACUGCACGGCUGUGACGUUUGCCAUCCAGACGAAGCCGUGGCUCAGGGAGAUUGACCUGUGGAAGAGUUUUAUCAAUGUCGAUCUGGAGUUUUUGCAGGGGCUGGAUCCGUAUUGGUUGGACUGAGAGGGUGAAUAACUUUAUUAUGGUUGAAGCCCAGCCCUUGAUGAGUUAACUGAGCCAGAAGAUGGACGGUGAAUAGCAGAAUGGAGGCUUGUCUGAGUGAUGCGGGACAAAAUGGGGUGCCGUGUGUUCAUGAAUGAGUGAGGCACAAGUCGUGACCUUGUCUCGAGGCACAAAAUGUACGCAAGGUAAAGAAAUGCUUGUUGCUCCCAUGUGAAUCUUGGGGCCAGGUUUGAUGCCCCCGACCCAAAGGUCGAUGACGCCCUGCCGGCUGUUACCCCUUUAGUCCAAAUACAAUUCUUGGUCAUG